UAUAUGAAUUCAUUAAGCAGCUGACCUGCAGCCAUCAAUAUCUUUUCAUAAUUACCAGGAUCUGUGGAAAGAGCAGAUGCUGCUCAGACAUACAUUUUUACACAUUGGUAAAUGACAAUUAUCACUGUGGAUGCUCUUGUAAAAUUUUAUAUUGCAAAUGUACUUGUUGCCAGUGGUAAAUUAAGAUUCAGACAUCCAUUUACUUGAGCUAAAGGCUUAUUACGUUCUAUACACUCUGUGAUGCUCACUUUAGAUUAGAAAACAGUGAACUAGAUUGUAUACAUGCUGUAGAAACGUCCAAAAAUUGUAGGCAGAUUUGACAACUUUUAAAUGAAACAUUGGAAUAACAUUAUUACACCAAUAAAUAUAUCAGGUGUAAUCCUUUCUUCCAUGUGUUUCUAUGUUGCCAUAAAACCUGACAAGCUUACACCAAGAAAAACACAUUCAGACACAAAUUACACCAACAUUUAUUUAGAAAAUAUGAAAAAAGAUUUUAAAAAUUAGGAAUGAUCUUUGAGAAGAGUGCUUUCGUUUCACUCUCAUCUUCAAUUGUUUAAUAGAUGAUUAUUGCAAAUCACAUGUUUUGUUUUCAUUCCCGGGCCCCGCUUCUAAUGUCACUGCGCAUGCGUGAUGGGUGGGGCGAGCUCCCCGGCCCCCGGUAGAGCGGCUGGUCCUCUGUCCGCCUCACUAGUGACGCUGAGGACGACCGGGUAGCACGCUGGGGACCGGCGGCUCUCUGAGGGGGAAAAUGACACAACAGUCUGGAUAAAUGGCCAAUUUUAAGAUGAAAUGGAGCCGGAGCUGGCUUCUUUUUGUGUUGUUUAUUCCUUUAACGAGUGUUUUAUGUUUUAGUGAGCUGUCCUUCAUCACAGAACCCAGUGAUGUUACUGUUCUACCAAAGGAUCCUGCUGUGUUGGACUGUCAGGCACAUGGACAGCCUCCAGUCACCAUCAGGUGGCUCAAGAAUGGGAUCAGACUGGCAGAAAGUGAACACAUACAUUUUCUGCCUAAUGGCUCCUUGUUCAUACCAAAGAUAAAGCAUACCAAGGAAGAUUCAGAUGAAGGAUAUUACCAGUGCCUCUCCCAAAACAGAUAUGGAGCUAUCUUAAGCCAAAGAUCACAUCUGACUAUCGCAAGAAUCACAGAGUUUGAGCUGCACCCUGUUAACGUGGUGGUGUCUGAAGGCUCUGUGGCUCGAUUUUCCUGUGCAGUCACCUCUUCUCCUCCAGCCACCAUCACCUGGGAGUUCAACCAAAGCAUGCUGCCACUGCAGACAGACAGAAUAACAGUUUUGUUUAAUGGAGUCCUUCAAAUACACAACGUGCAACUGAAAGAUGCUGGACGAUAUCGAUGUGUGGCAACUAACAUCGCCAGCCGUUUAAAGAGUAGAGAGGCCACACUCACAGUCAGUAAAGAGCUAGGCCCUAAACCCCAUCAGAAGCCCCAAAUCAUUGCUGGACCUCAGAACGUUACAGCUUCCCUUCACCAAACUGUGGUGCUGGAGUGUGUGGCCACAGGUAAUCCUUCCCCCAUCAUCUCCUGGAGCCGAGCUGACAGUAAACCCAUUGAUGUUUACAACGCCAAAGUGCUGGGCAAUGGGAACCUGGUCAUUACUGAUGUUAACCCCAAACACAGUGGAAUCUACCUCUGCAGGGCCACCACACCCGGAACUCGCAACCAUACUACUGCUGCUGCCAACCUCACAGUUCUAGUGCCGCCAUCCAUUGUUGAAAAGCCUGAGAGCCAGACCCGUCCAAGAGCAGGCACCACCCGAUUUAUGUGCCAAGCAGAGGGAGUGCCCUCACCGCGCAUCAGCUGGCUAAAGAAUGGAGAGCUGGUUCACCUAAAUGGGAGGAUUAAGAUGUACAACAGUAAGCUGGUAAUCACCCAGAUUAUCCCUGAGGAUGAUGCCAUCUAUCAGUGUGUAGCAGAGAAUGAGCAGGGUUCUGUGCUGUCCUUGGCCCGCCUAAUAGUGGUCAUGUCUGAGGACAGGCCCAGUGCGCCAAGAAACGUCCAUGCUGAGACCAUCUCCAGCUCAGCCAUCCUACUGGCAUGGGAGAAACCUCUCUACAAUGCUGACAAAGUCAUUGCCUACUCCAUCCACUAUAUGAAGGCAGAAGGUUUAAACAACGAAGAAUACCAGGUUGUUAUCGGUAACGACACAACCAGUUACAUCAUCGAUGACCUGGAGCCGGCGCGAAACUACAGCUUUUACAUCGUGGCUUAUAUGCCGAUGGGAGCCAGUCGAAUGUCAGACCAAGUCAGUCAGCAUACUCUGGAGGAUGUACCACUGCGUACUCCGGAGUUAACUCUGACCAGCCACAGUUCGACGGACAUCCACGUGAGCUGGCAGCCGCUGCCGGCCAAGAUUAGCCGUGGGCAAGUUUUAGCCUACAGACUUUCCUAUCGCACAGCUUCUGAUGACACACUCACAAACGUGGAGCUGCCACAGAACAGCACUGAGUAUCUGUUAGCUGGCCUGCAGCCUGACACCAUCUACCUGCUCCGCAUGGCUGCAUCUACACGUGUGGGCUGGUGUGAACCUUCAGCCUGGACUUCACACCGUACAACCAAGAUCUCCAGCAACAAGGUGCCUUCAGCCCCCAUUCUUCAACUUGAGCCUCUUAACUGCACCUCCAUUGUGGCCCGCUGGCAGACCUCCCCUGACUCUGUGGUUGUUCGGGGUUUUCGAUUGUGCUACCAUGAGGAAGGCCAACCGGAGCAGCCUAUCAUCGUGCUCCAGGCUCAAACCUUCACCCACACCAUUGGGGGACUUGAUCCAAGAAGAAAGUAUCACGUCAAGAUUCUGGCCGUCGGUAAAGCAGGAGAUGGUCACCAGACGGACCAAACCAUUAGCACUCCAGGAUGUGUGUCGGCUAGAGACCAAGUGGCUGCAGCCCCUCCUCCUCCACAUCAGGUCACUGUGUUGACCAGCAAUUCUUCUGCCGUUUCUCUGCGUUGGAGUCAUCCUGCGUUUUCUGCUGGAAAAGCCGUCAGCUACACAGUUCGCUACACACCCGUGGGCACUCAUAAUGUCUCAGACAUACGCUACCUGCAAACUACCAAGCAGAGUGUUACUGUUCGGAAUUUAAUUCCAAACACUCGAUAUGAGUUUGUCGUGCGUCUGCAUGUGGAUCAGAUGUCGAGUCCCUGGAGUUCGGUUGUUUACCAUCAGACCCUGCCGGCCGCACCAAGCCAAGCUCCUGCAGGAGUGCGAGUAACUCUGAUUGAGGACGACACUGCUCUGGUGUCCUGGAGGGAGCUCUCGGAGCCUAACAUGGUGGUCACCCACUACAGCAUCCUGUACGCAUCACAGAAAGCUUGGAUGGCUGGACACUGGCAACGAAUACAGAGGGAGGGAAGUCACACGAUGGCCUUAUUAGAGAAGCUGGAGCAGGGGAACGUCUACCUGGUGAAGCUGUGUGCCUCCAACAAGGUCGGUGACGGACCUUUCUCUGAGCCUGUGGAGCUGGCACUAAAGCAUGGACUUGUCCAUCGCAGCAAGAACCCUAGGCACUCUGAAAACUCCCCAGAUCCAGCAGUGUUUUCUGACGGCCUCUACCACAUAGACCAGCGCUCUAUGACUGGGAUCAUGGUUGGUGUCAGCAUUGCCUUAACCUGUAUUGCCAUGUGUGCCCUGAUCCUGAUCAGCAAGGGAAAGCCAAGAAAAUCUUCUAGCUCCAAAGUGAUUGCUGUGGGAGCUUCUGAAGGUCCACUCACUGGUUUGCCUCUGCCCAAUGACUACCGCCCAGAGAACAUGGAGGCCUUUCUACCCAUGAUUAGUGAUCACUUUAUGGAUUCUAAGGGUGGAUGUAAUAUUGUCAUAAACAGUGCCGGUCCAGUCAGCAACAAAAUCCAAAGCAGGAGAUGGCUCCUUUUCAAAAAAGAGAUCAGAAACCCACCUGGAACUGAUGUUGAGACUAGAGCCAGCUUGUAUGAAGCUGGUAAAACUGUCCUGAGAUAUGACGAACGUCUGGGCUCAGCUCCUCUGCCUCCUUCUUCCCGGGAGAUCAUCUACGGACCUUUUCACUCGAACAAGUCUCACGCCGGCGAGGGCAGUCAGGAGACGGGAGAUUCUGGAAACUAUUCCAACGAAGAAAGCAACGGGGAGAUGAGCCACCCACAAACCACCCUCAGUUCAGGAGCUGAGUCAUCUGAAUCAGACAGUGGUCCUGCCGGUUCAGAGCUGAAGCCGUAUUAUAAAGUGGAAGCAGAGAGGAUGCCGAAUCAUCCCUUUCAUCCGUCUGCCUCUGAUGCUUCCUGGCUGUCCGGCACCUCCGAUGACUCUCAUCCUACCCUGCACACUUCCAAAGCAGCAAGCACCUGAAUCUCUGCAGGCCUGUGUCUGCUCUCCAGCGGCCAAAGCUACGCCACUUCUACCUCAUUCACUUCCUGAGAGAAGCCCCAAAAUGACACAUGGGAUCAGGAAGCCAGCUGCUGCAGUGGAAGGAACGUGCUUUCGCUUUGGACGUUCCUUAGGAUUUAGUAUGAAUGUCCAUGAAAUUUAAUUUUCUCCCUUUUUUAAUUGACAACUUUCUACCUGUAUGUGUGUUUGGCAGUGUCUGUCCUAACCCAAGCUCACCCAUGAUGAAUGUUUAAAAAGAAUGUCAGAGUGGAACUGUGAUACAUAUAUUUAAGUCCUUCCCCACUGGAGUGAAAGAUAAAGCGGAGCCACCUUUUAGACAGAUUAUCUACCUCAGCUUUCUGUUUUUUAAAUACUUACUACCUCCCUUUAACCACGUAUUCUGCAGUAUUAUCUAACACUCAGGGGGACAAAGUGAAAACACUUUAUUUCAGUGUCUUCUAACGUCUUUUAGGAAAUUACAUCCUAAAUUCUCUUUUUCAUGGUUAAAAGAGCUUUUGUUUUAUUUUUUGUCUUUGUUAUGAAGAUGACAAGUGCAUUAGUAUGUCAGACUAUUUUAGCUUUAUGAAACAGUAUUGUUUGGCAUUUUAGUGCACUGAACUCAAAGCUUUAACAUUGUCUUAUUAUACAAAAGGCUUUACAACAAAGGUUAGAUCCAAAGACACAAAUGAUCUGUACCCAAAGAAUUUUGAUGAUCCAAAAGAAAAUAUAAGGUAACCAAAAAUAUAGCUGAUGUUUGCCAAACUAUUACUAAUAGCUGCCAGAGAUGUAAAAUUGUCUUCAAAUGAUGCUGGUUUCUCUUUGUAAAUGUGAUUUAGUGCUUUAUUCUGGUGAAAGCUUUAACACAAGCCUUGUGCUCCAUCUGCCUUCUAGACCAUUGCUGAAUGCAGCGGGAAUGCCGAUGCUAUUAUCCAAAGAGUUGUCUUCUUCCUCAGAUGGGUACAGCUUAUUUUAUACAGUUGAUCCUUGGUGCGAUGCCGUGCAAAGAUGCAAAGAAUCGUCACUAAACCAAAGAUCCCAUGUGCCCUACCAGUGAUGAAUGUUAAGAAUUGUUUUUAUUUGAGAAAUUCUUUCAUCACAAUUCAUAAAUGAUCUUACUCUCUUUGGUGUAUUCCCUGUCCAGGAGUGACAGUGAAGGAUUCUGACUAUCAUACUGGAAACCCUCUGUGAAGAGCAACAUAAUCAAUUUUUAUAUCGUUGUAAUACUAAAAAUCCUAACCAAAGGAUGUCAAAGUCUCUGUUAUAUAGUGAUUUUUUUUCAUUUACAUUUCAUACAUCAUUUGCAUUCAAAAGUGCUAAUUUCCAGUGAGUUUGCUACUAGAGAGACCGUUUACCAUUGAUCUUAUUUUUGUAAGCGUGACAUGUAAGAGCCUUGAAUUUUCAUACAAAUUUUGGGUUACACUCAAAUAUUUUAGAUGGUCUUUUUAGCACAAUGUUGUAAACAAAAACAUUUCUCAAAUUGUAAUGUGACAUUUUCAAAAACAUGUCUUGACUAAAGUUCAUUUUGCCAGGUGGAUAAUUACUUUGUGAGAUGAAUUUGGAAAAUUUGCUGUCACAGGUUUUGUAGUUAGACGUAGAAUGUAGAUUUAUGUUAUUUAAGAUUUCUAAUGUUUGAUUUUGAGUACCAAAACACAUCUUUUAAACCAAAGUGAGCAACAAAAUAUAAGAUUUUAUGCGUUGAAAUGUUGCAAACAGACUUUUUUGAUACUCUGAACCUUGUAACAAAGAUUAGGUAAUAAAAUUGUUCGUAAAAAAAAAUCUUCAUUUGUUAUG